AUGGUCGACGAGCCUCCCGCGAAGAAGAGGAAGGCGAGCGACGAUUCGGACGAGGUCGUGGCCGUGCCGGGGCCGCCGAGAGGGGUAGCGAAGAAGGGUGCGGCGCGUCCCGAACCUGCUGUAAACGGCGCACCGAAGUCGAAGGGCAAGGCGAAGGCGGAACCACCACUGAAAGGUGCGCGGGCAAAUGGGGUACCGGCAGAAGCGGUGGAGGAGCAGGACAGCGCUAUCGAGUUGGACGACGCCGAAGAACCCACAAACCCUCCCAUUCAGCGCGCUGUGCGUGGUGGAAGCAAACAACCUAAGACAAAGAACGGCCCUCCCCCGCCUGCUCGUCCGAGCAGAACGGAGGCUAAGCUUGCGCGUGAACUUGACAGUUUGCGGGCACAGCUGGAGCAAUCGCGCUCGAUCACGAACCAGAGAGACAAGCUCGCGAAGCAGCUUGAAGAGGUCUUCCGUCUGCGAAACACAGAACCCGAAGGCGUGCUGCAAGAGUACAAGGGACACCUCGAAAGCAGCAUACGUCGAAAGGACUCAUUGAUCGAAGAGCUCACCGCACAGCUGUCAAAACUCCAGACGUCGUCCAAGUCCGACAAGUCAUACACGCUACAAUUUCUCACGCGCGAAGCCGCCGAGGAGGAGAAGCAAGCGUUGCGCGAAGAGAACAUUCGCCUCAAAGAGGUCAUCAAGCAGCGAGAGGCGGCGAUCGCGAGCAAGGAUAAACAGAUGCACGCACUCGAAGACGAAGCCAAGACUGCGAAGAAAGAUUUGGAAUUGGAGAUCGAGCGGUCGAAGACUUUGGCUGCGCGCGCGCCACCCUCAACGAUGUCGCGACAGCAGAAGCCUACACCCGCGGAGGUCCAGAAUACGCCCGUCAUCAAGCUGUACGAAGACAUGACGAACAUCCUCAUCACAAGUGUGAAGGUCGAAAAGAGCCCAGAGUACCCCACGUUGGACGAACACAUCCUCACGUGUAUAUACACCUACCAGAACGCGGAGGAGCAUAUCACGUUCUGUAAGUCUCUGAACUUCACCCUGCGACACACGUACGACCGGCCAGAAGGCGCUACACCAGGAGCGGAUCUCGCCGAGAGCCAACUAGUACAGAAAGUCAAAUACGAGCCGAAGGACCUCGACAAGGAGAAUCCCGAGCUCGUCGAGCGCCUCGCGUUCUUCAAUAAUCCCUUCAUGUUCGCGCGGGACCAGAUGACCGUAUUCCUCAAGACGCUCACCGACACCGUCGCGGGUGUGUUCGAACCAGAUGCCGAGCCAGGCAUGGACGACUCGCACGAGGUCAUCGUUCUGGAUGGGUAG